UAACAAAAAUAACUAUUACCACAUUUUUAACAACAUUGUGUAAAGUUUAAAAAAUAAAUUCACUUGUUGACAGUAAAUGUUUUGGACAAUCAACAAUUGAUUUAUUUUAUAUUUUUACCAAGUUAAAAACAUGUAUCAUUUAACAAGACUAUGUGCAAGAUCAACUCGUGAUGUUUAUCGUCAAGAAAAAAGAUUUGCUGGUCAUAGUAAAUGGGCAAAUAUUAGACAUACAAAAGCAGAAAAAGAUGGCGAAAAAUCAGCAAUGAUACAAAGUUAUGUUAAAAGAAUGAAAGUUGCAAUUGCUGAGGGAAAAAGUGCAAAACCAUUGGACAAUUUAAAACUAGCACAAAUAAUUGAAGAAGCAAGAAGUAAAUGUGUACCACUAGCAACAAUAAAUGGAACAUUAGAAAAAGCUGAAAAAUCUAAAACAGCAACACAAUCUGAAAUUGUUGAUUUUCGUGGUCCAGGAAAUGCAAAAUUUGCUGUUAAAAUAUUAUCUGAUAAUUUAUGUGCUGUUAGAAUGAAUUUAAAUACAGUAUUUCGUAAAUUAAAUUGUACUGGUGGUGAUGGAAAAAUGAAAAGUAUAUUUCAUCAUCAAGGAUUUAUAAUAACUGAAGCUAAAGAUAAUUUAGAUACUGCAACUGACGAUGCAAUAACAGUUGGUGCUGAAGAAGUUGAAGAAUAUCAAGAAAACAACAAGACAUAUUACAAAUUUACCUGUGAUCCAGCUCAAGUUGGAAGAGUUGCAAGUCAAAUUAGAAAAUUAAAUUACAAUAUUUUGACAAUGGACGAUGAACUUUUGCCAAAAGUAACAUCAACACUUGACGAGGAAACAUUAAAAACAAUUGAAAAGCUAUUUGAAAAACUCAAAGAAAUUGAUGAAGUUGUAUCUGUAUUUCACAACAUAGUAGAAGCUGAUGGUUCCAACGAGUCUAAAUCGUAAACUACAAAAAUUUUAGAUGAUUUUUAAUAAUUUGGCAAGCUGUAUAAUAUAGAUAAAAUUAUUAUUAUUUUUUUUUCUAAUAAUUUAACAAAUAAAUUUUGUUGAUUACUUUGAAA